UAAAAGCCUCCUUUGAAGAAAAACAAAAUGGUAUAUAAACGAACCCCCAAAUCACAAUAGGUAACCAAAACUUAGCAACAUGGCUAGUGAAUGAACCCAAAGAUUUGGAAGGUGAAGUGAAACCCAAACCUCUAACCCUAUACAGCCCAACCGAAAAAUAGCUUGCCGUUUCUGAACUCGCCUGUGGAGUAAUUCGCGUGGCGAGCGGCGGCCCAAUUCCAAUUCGCAACCCGUUUUCUGUUUUUGGCACCUUUUAUGCCAUUCCUUUCCCCCAGUCUCCAAUCCCGGAGGGCGCUCGGAGAAAGAGAAGAAAAGGCUCGCGAGACUCACUGAAACCAGCCACACAAACGCAGCUGCGGAGGGCGACCUGAGAUCCAGCCUCACACCCAUCACAAUCCACCGGCGACUGGUAACCAUGUGGAGAAGGGCAGUUUGUUCGCAGCUCAAAACCCUCGGCGCCGCUGGGGGCAAGGCCUCCUCUUCGUCUCUGCCUUCUCGAUUCCGUCACGCUGAUAGAUCCUUCAUUUAUCCGGUGGCAUCUUCUUCUCUGUUCAACCGAUAUUUCAGCGCAGAUGGUGCAUUGAAAAAGCCAGUCGAGGAUGUGAUGCCUAUUGCCACUGGCCAUGAACGUGAAGAACUUGAAGCAGAACUGCAGGGAAAAGAUAUUCUUGACAUUAACCACCCAGUUGGUCCAUUUGGCACAAAGGAAGAACCUGCUGUUGUUAAGUCUUACUAUGACAGGAGGGUAGUUGGAUGCCCUGGAGGUGAAGGAGAGGAUGAACAUGAUGUUGUCUGGUUUUGGUUGGAGAAAGGCAAGCCUAUUGAGUGUCCUGUCUGUUCGCAGUACUUUGUGCUGGAAGUUGUGGGACCUGGAGGAGACCCUGAAGCUGGACACGGCGACGACCAUCAUCACUAGAGGCGUGCCAGCAUUCCGACUUUCCAAUUGGAAUAAAAAGAAUUUGUGGAUGAUGAGUUCUUUGAUGGUUGGGGUACGGGUCUGUUUUGUACGUCUCAGUCUCUGGAAUACCAUGAAUCGUGUUAAAAAGUUUUUACCCCUUUAGAGCAUUGCCCAAAUAAUUCAUGGCUCAUUACUUCUAUUCUUUUUCUGGAACUGUUUUGAGGGAGGCUGGAUUCUGGAUUGCCCUCUGGUAGAUCUUUUAUUACAUUCCCAAGUUCACUCGACUUCUAUACUUCUAUGCCCUUUGCUGGUUUAGAUAGUCGCUUCUCAAAUACCAAUAUGAUCAGGGAGAUUAGAAGCGCAUUAGAUCGAGGCUGGAGCGCUCCAUGCCUAAUCAAUCUCAUUACAAGCUGCAAUCAAAACCC